AGGUCUUAACAUACUUUCACUUCUUGUGAAAUCCAUUGUUGUGCCAGCUGCACUUAGGGAGUCCAGGAGCACACAGUGACACAGAAAGACGUCUCUUGGGGUUACGACAGUCGCUGUUUCUUUGUCUAAUAGGCAAAGAUUGAAGAGGUAAGAAAAGAACCAUUUGAACCAGUGGCCUACUCUAUACAACUAAUCAGGAGAUUGCAGUCUCUACAAGGAACCAGAAUCUCACAUAUAGGAACCGUCUCUUGAAAUGGGUCUCCUGGCCAUCAUCUUUUUAUUAGUCUUUUUUCAUACUGAACUUGCAAUUUCAGCUUCAAGUCCCAUAUUUGGGCCAAAGCAAGUGACUGGGUUGCUUGGAGGUUCUGUUACAGUGAAAUGCUUCUACCCUCGCACAAGUGUGAAUCGACAUAGCAGGAAGUACUGGUGCAAGGAGUCAACACGCCAGUGCUCAACCAUCAUUUCCUCCAAUGGCUUUGUUGCCCUAGACUAUCAAGGCAGAGCUUCAAUAACUGACUUUCCAGAGAAUGGCAUAUUCAUCAUUGAAAUUGCAGGACUGAAAAGAAGAGAUAUGGGGCCAUACAAAUGUGGUAUUGGUUUUAAUGACAGAGGGCUGUCCUUCAGGGUCAAGCUUGAUGUUUCAGAAGGUUCAAUAGUGCCUGAAGAGGCUCAACUCUUCUAUGUUGAGCAGCAAGGAUCAGUGACUAUGACCUGUGCCUUUGGCAAUCAAUAUACAAAUGCGAAUAUGUACCUAUGCAAGAUGACAAAGACCUCCUGCUCCACUAUCAUCGAUACACAAGGGAAUAUUGACCCAUCUUUCAAAGGAAGGGUUCUUCUAAGCAAACUUCCUAUUCCUGGUUCAUUCAGUAUCACUAUGACUCAGCUGAAGAAACAAGAUUCAGGGUUAUAUCUCUGUGGAGCUGGGACCUAUGGGGCAGAAGGAGAAUCCAAGAAAUUGGAUGUUCAUGUCUUUGAAGAAGCAUUGGUGCCCAAAAUACAACCAGUACUAAACGGAGUCCGUGGUGGUUCAGUGUCUGUUGAAUGUCAUUACAAUCCAAAAGAGAAUGUCACAGUCAAAUAUUGGUGCAAGUGGAAACAAUACGAAUGCAUUCAGAUAAUAAGCAACUCGGGACAUGUGCAGGAUUCUUAUGAGGGAAGGAUAGUGAUGCAUGAUAACCCAGAGAAUGGCACGUAUACCAUCCUACUGAACCAGCUGAAUGAUGAAGAUGCAGGAUACUACUGGUGUAUGACAAACGGAGAACAGGAAAGGAAAUCAUCCACAGAGCUGAACAUUGUUGAAGGAAAACCCAAUUUAGCAGUAGACAAUGGCGUCCAAGUAGUUGCUGGCUCUCCACUGACUGUAUCAUGCUCUUAUCCUUGCAAAUAUGCUAAUUAUGAAAAAUACUGGUGCAAGUGGAAGAACACUGGAUGUGACCCUAUUGUCUCAAUUGAACGGGACCCAAGUGGCUUCACAGUUAACUGCAAUAAAGGCAAUAGAGUUUUGACUCUGAACUUUGACCAAAUAUCCCUGGCAGAUCAAGGGUGGUAUUGGUGUGGAAUUCGACAUGCAAGCCACUAUGGGGAAACACAUGCCAUAUAUCUGCAAGUUCAAGGAGUACUCCAAAACUCUGGAGAUGUUCGCAAUCCCAGUGAAGAAUCAAACGAUGGCACUGAUGUUCCUCAAAUCAAGCCUGAAAACCGGGGUGUUCCCUUAAAUGAACCCAAAGAAGCAGCUGGAGUUGGAGGUUCAGCAGAUAGCCACGGAGACAGUAAAAGUUCCACAGUUCUACUCUCAGUUUUGAUUCCAGUUGGAGUCAUAUUUCUGCUUCUUGUCACAAUCUUUGUUGUUGUGAAAUACAAAUUUUUCAAACAUUCUGAUUUGGUCUCAGUUGGAAGCUACCGGACAAAUAUCAGCAUGACAGAUUUUGAGAAUGCAAGGCAGUAUGGCGCAAAGGACAACAUCUGCAUGGAAGGAGCUCAUGAGACCCAAAUAGGGGGAACCAAUGAUUGUGUAAUCACGACUGGCAGUCCUAAGGAGGAGGGCAAAUCAAGGAAGAAAAAGAGGGGCUCUAAAGAGGAAGUUGAGAUGGCAUAUACCACAUUCCUCCUUAACUCAGAGAAUCUUGAAUUUGCAAGAAAAUCCCAGGAACAGAAUUUGGGAAGCUGCUGAGUGGACUCAUCGUGACUGCAUCUGAAGAAAGACAUUGGCGAAUUCUGCAAUAACGAUUCAAGAACACUGUGCUUAUAAUGAGUGGAAAAAUUAAUUAAGAUUUUAAUUAUGAUUCUAAGAGAAAUUCUAAUAUUUUCCAAAACUGAUUCAGUCUGAUCAAUUAUACUAUAUAAUAUGACAUUUGGUGGUGUUUUGGGUAGGUUGCUUCAGGAGUAAACAGCAUUGUUCCAAACAAAUAAUAAAGCUUUAUGAUUUUUUAAAAAUCCAGUAGUUAACAGUAAAAGUGAAAUUAGGGCAGAUUUUAAACUACUUUAAUACAACAUCCAACAUCUAGCUAUGUUUAGAAAGUGUGUACAUGUUUUGGUGCCAUGUCUAUAAAUGAAGAAUAGCAAUGUUGAGAUAUUAAUGAGAUCCUGUAUAGGAAAAAUAUAAUAUCAAUUGAUUUAGAAAUGAUUUUUUUCUUCCUAUUGGAACAAGUAAAUCAAGGUAAUUAAGUAGAUGUUGAUAUUUACUCAUCCGAUUGAUUGCUGAUUUAGUGUCUUCUUCCUUUCUCACAGGCAUUGACAACAGCAUAUAUGGGGUUUUCUUAUUUUAUCCUUGCAACACAUUUUCAGGCUACGCAUUACCCCCCCACCCCCCACCCCCACAAGCUGUGUAACCAGUUUACCAACCUUGGAAGGAUGGAAGUUUUAGUCAACCUUGAGCUAACUACCUAACUACAGAAUCAGUUGGAAUUGAGCUUGGGUUGUGAGCAGAAUUUUACAUGCCAUUCCUUAACUUAAAAUAUUUGUUAUUCUUCUUCCCAAAAUGGUGACAGGGGCUCACAAUGUGAAAUGAUCCAGGCUAUGGUAUUUGCAAAAUCAAUAGCAAUCCACGUGUUGGAAUUACAUGUUUAGGAAUGGGAGGCAGGCCUUUUUUUUUAAUGUCCAAAGAUAAUAAGCAACCUGGAGGCAGAGUGGACAACAUAUGGUUCUCCAGGAGUGGGGUUGCAACGUUCUCAUUCCUCAGAGCUUGGGAAAGUUACCUUUUCAGGCAACACAUCCGAGCUACAGCUAUGGGGACUCGGGAAGCUGUGUCAAAAAUAAUAACUUUCCCAGCCUUUGGAAUUAAAUACGUAUUCAUGUGAACUUAAGAAUUUUCAAAUAAUUCAAAAUCCAGUGCCCUGUUUCACAAAAAGCCAUAGAGAAACCACCACCUGCAGGUUGCCUUUUCAGUAUAUAAAAUACUAAUUCUUACUAGAAUGAGUGAAUCAGUCAAGGCUGAUGUAAAAGAUAUGUGAUAUUUAUGUAGGAUCCCUUUGUUCUGGAGAACUCUGUGUAGGAUUUGGCAGUUCGUGGGCUCAAGAAAAAUAUGGCAGUAUAUCUUUAAAAAUUGACAGUAAGUUUAGAAUAUACAAGACUAAAGCCAUUUUAAACUUGUAUUCCUUUGGAAUCAGUGACUUCAUAGUACUGUAUAUAUCUUGUAGCCAUUUGGAUUAUACAAUGUUUCAAUAAAAACUGAUUGAGGUGCAGAAUGAGUU